AAUCCGUCGUGAGGUCAAUGCCACAUAUCUGCUACUCGACGAUGCCAGAUUUUUCACUCAAUGCAGCACGAUCAAUCCUCUGUACAGUCAGCUAGUGUACGGAGACAUGUGUCACGAUAUGAAUAACGCGCUUACUUUCCUGUGGGUUGGACUGACUAUGUUAGUGAUUGGCAUGCUGCCCACUCUUUGGAUAUUCGGUGCCAUCGCCUUAUCAGAAGAGAAACUCAAUAAACAUGCCAACAACCACAAGGAACUGCUAUACCCAGAUACUGACCCGUAUGGAUAUAAGGCAGAGUUCAAAGCAGAUGAAGAACAGCCUAAAAGAGUGGAAGGUACUCCCACGAUGGCAGCCGGGCACACAGAUGACAUGAGUGAUAAAGAAAAGGACGGUGAUAUGAAGGAUCUUGACCGCGAUAGUCUGGGUUCUAGCAGUAGCAACGAAGACAAAGACUACUACGCAGCACACGAGUUAAGUUACGCUGCAGCGCAGCAGCUAAGUGCCGUAGCCGACAACAACGCGGAGGGACUUGACGACGAACAAAGUGUUCACACGAAUAGCACACUGUCCAGCACAUCAGCAUCGUCAAGUGAUUCGAGUCAGAACGUGUCAUACAGCCAGCAUGGGGAAACUUUCGCAACCGAGAGCUCACGCAGAAGUUCCGAGAAUUCCUAUGACUCGUACGGACAACAGCCAUUACAAUCUCAGGUAUG